AUGCCGACCUCAGCCUGGCCCGUGACCCGUAACUUUGUUGGAAAGCAUCCCUGAAACUAUGAGGGCUCCCCUGGUUUUUAUCAUUACUUUAAGUCUCGUGCCGUCGCGGAUUAUGCCAAGAAACCAUUCUACUUCUUUUAAACCAGGGAACCCCCGGACCUUCGAUCCCCUUUAACCGAGAAGAAUCUCCUGAGAUCGAUCCAUGGAGGCAGAGCAAGCCAAGGCCAAACUUUUGGCUGUGGCAGAAGAACUUGGUCAUGAGAUACGCAUAUUCACAAACUCAGCAAAUUCUGCAGCAUCGAAAGAAUAUCUGCUUCUUCAAGUGACCCGUAAAAUGCGGGAAGCAGAGGCAGCAGCCCGCAGGGCAAGGAUCACUAAGGCUGUAAUUAGGGUUCGCUUCCCUGAUAAUUACAUUCUUGAGGCAAAGUUUCAGCCAUCGGAGAAAAUUGAAAGCUUGAUGCAUCUUCUCAUGAAAGUUGUUGCUCGACCAGACCUGCCAUUCUAUUUAUGUAAGCACUAUCUGAUUUAGUUACAUAGAUAAACAAAUGUAAAACAAUUUGUCAUU